AUGAAAGCUGUAAUAUUGGCUGGUGGAUUUGGAACUCGUAUUCGUCCAUUAACGCUUUCCGUCCCCAAACCCCUAAUUGAUUUUUGUAACCUUCCUGCUGUAGAGUAUCAAAUUGAAGCCUGCAAAAACGCCGGAAUUAAUCGUAUAAUUUUCGCAGUUUCAGAUUAUCAGAACGUUAUUGAUGAGGUCAAAGUACUCGGAGAAAAGUACUCGAUUCCGAUCGAUUUUUCAGUGGAAUCAGCACCUCUGGGAACAGCUGGAUGCUUAAGAUUGGCCAAGGAUUUAAUCUGCGACGAAGAAGAUGAUUGCGAAGAGUUCAUAACAUUUAAUAGUGAUAUAAUAUGUAAGUAUCCACUCCACGAGUUGCUGGAGUUUCAUCGAAAGAAUGAAGCAAAGGUCACAAUAUUGGUGACAACCGCCGAAAACCCACAAGAAUUUGGUGUAAUUUUACACGACGACGAUAACAAAAUAGUAUCGUUCAUUGAGAAGCCCAAAGAUUCAACCACAAAUAAAAUAAACGCGGGUGUAUAUGUAUUGAGUAAAGAAGUGCUGGACUCAAUACCGCUGAAGAACUACUCAAUAGAGCACGAGUUCUUCCCAAAGUAUUUGAAGUUCGGCACCACGUUCGCGUACCACCUGGAAGGAUACUGGGCGGAUAUCGGAAAGCCAGGAGGGUACCUUGAGGCCCAGAACCUGUAUUUAACAUACCUGAACGAAGAGAGCCGAAGUAGCGGGGACGACGCGCAGAAGCAGUUAAAAACAUUCGACAAGCACGGCCUUCUCUACACUUGCUGCGUAGAGUCGCCAAUUAACAGUUUCGAGGGCCCCCAAAUCAAAUCGAUGUCAUCGGAGCUACACGAUUCAGUGAACGUCAAAGGGCCAGUGUUAAUACAUCCCACCUGCGUCAUCGGGAAGGACUGUAUAAUAGGACCGAACGUGUGUAUAGGACCAAAUGUUAAAAUCGGAAACGGAUGUAGAAUACUAAACUCGACAUUGAUGAAAAGUGAGAAUAGAAGGCCUGACCAUGUUAGGAAAAAGUGUAGUGAUAGCAGAGUCGCUCUUCCUGAGAGGGUGUAUAAUACUACCACAUAA